UUGAGCAGGGCAACAACUUUGACUGGAAUUGAGGUUGGGCCGGGCUUAACUGCAGCUCAGAAAAUGUGGAGGAUGUUCAGGGCAUUUGGAGACAUGUUGAUAUGCUGUUCAUAUUCUGCAGUUCUGAUUGAAAUCCAGGACACGCUAAAAUCAUCCAAGUCAGAAAUCAAAGUGAUGAAGAAGGUUGACAUGAUGACUGCGUUAAUCAUGACAUUUUUCUACUUGUUAUGUGCUUGCUUUGGUUAUGCUGCAUUUGGGAACAAUGCCCAUGGCAACAUGCUGACGGGCUUUGGAUUUUUUGAGCCCUUCUGGCUCAUCGACUUGGCCAAUAUCUUCAUUGCCAUGCGCCUUGUGGGAGCAUAUCAGGUCAAGAACCAUUUCCAAAAAUUAUUUCAACCUAAUGCUUUUGUUUUCUUUUCUAAAAUGCCAUUACACUGGAUGUAGGUACUGACACAACCAGUGUUUGUUGCAGCUGAAUCACAUAUCAGAAAGAGGUGGCCUAAGUCCAAGUUCAUAACCCGCGAAUAUCCAAUAAGCAUUGGCAAGAUAAACUUGAACUUGAACAUCAAUUUCUUCAGGCUGACUUGGAGAACCAUGUUCGUGGUGAUUGCAAAUUUACUUGCUCUGGCACUGCCCUUCUUCAACGAAGUGCUAGCAUUCCGUGGAGCCAUCAGCUACUGGUCUCUCACAGUUUAUUUCCCAGUGAAUAUGUACAUUGCCCAAAACAAAAUUAGUUGAAAAACAGUAAGGUGGUUUGGGCUCCAGGCAAUGAAUUUAGCUUGUCUCCUACUUUCCUUGGCUGCAGCAUGUGGCUCCAUUGAAGGGUUUGGUGAAGCUCUUCAUAUCUUCAAACCCAAGUGAUGAAGAUGCUCAAACACUUGUACUUGUGAACCUUAAAGCAAUAGCUUGGUUUGUACAUGUGCACUUGAAAUUAAUGCUCUAAGGGUAUUCUUCAUCCUGAAUAAAUUUUACA